CUAGAUCCUUUGAUGGGUCAAGACUGGAUCUUUUGUACACAUAGCGCACCGUUUACAUCGAAUUAGGAAAUGACUAUCGUCUCACCACUCUAUCCCUAAAUCCUACUAGAUCGAUGGCCAAUGACUCUGAGGCUCGGGGGCUCUGCCAAUGCUGCGCCACCAGAUUGUUACUGCCUGAUGAUUGAAGGUAUGGGCCAAACUGUAUAGGAGAAAGACAGAGUGGGAGAGCCACGUUGUAUGCCUUUGUAUUAACCGCACAGAACACUAACCCUUUCUGUCCCCAUGUGCCGCCGUCAUCUGGAUUAUGCCUCAGCCUCCUACAAAUAUCGACGUGCAGUGACGAGUUAGAUAUCAUCAGGUCGGCCAAUCCGACAGGGCUGGGUGCAAUGGCACAUUAGAGUUAAUAGUAUAUAUAUACUGUCAACAGCGCCCAGAUCUAUGAAUGCAGAACAAUACUCAGUCUUCAGAUCAUUCUCUUACCACUCCUUUUCUUCUGUCAAUUACCAAGAGCAACAACACCGUGUAAGCACGACACUCAACGAUGUCGUCCAGCACAGAAAUCGCAACGUAUUACGCAUACGAUCCUAGCCAUGUUCUACCAGCUGUAUUUGCUGCCUUGAUUGGCAUAUCUUUGAUCAUGCAUACAUGGCAAAACUUCCACUACCAUUUCUGGAGGGUCACGUUUUUCAUGUUCUAUGGCGGCACUGUCUUUACCGCGGGAUGGAUAAUGCGGAUUACCUCAUCCUACGAUCCAGGAAACAUAAAACUCUAUAUCGCCCAGACUUGCCUUGUCCUCGCCGGUCCCCCGAUAUACUCCGCGGCUGAAUACAACAUCCUUGGUCGACUCAUGCACUACACGCCAAUGCAUUCACCUAUCAACCCGAGCCGUGUUCUUUACUUUUUCAUCUACGUGGGUGCCGCAGUUGAAAGUCUGACAGCUGUAGGUGCGGUGCGACUGUCGGCGGCGAACGGCGAUAUGGAUCUGCUGAAAAACGGAGAGACCUUUAUCUCCAUCGCUCUCGUGCUCCAGGGCGUAGUGGAGCUACUGUUCAUGAGUUUUGUUGCUCUAGUACACAUCCGCUGCGCACGCGCCAAAAUGCUCACGCCUAAGGUGCGCACUAUCUGCAUCAUGCUUUACGGCACCUCGACAUUAGUCUUGAUUCGCUGCAUCUUCCGUGCUAUUGAAAGCUUCAGCAAUCUCAGCGUCAUAUCUUCAGGGACUUGUGAUGGAACCUGCCAAGCUGUCCUGAGACACGAAUGGUACAUCUACGUAUUCGAAGCGGCUCCUAUGGUCCUAUAUACUUACUGGCUCAACAUUGUGCAUCCUGGAAGAUUCUUGCCUCGCAAUACGAAGGUCUACCUUGACUACAACGGGGUCGAGCGUGUUGGCCCUGGGUGGAAGGAUCACCGAACUACGUGGAUGACUUUCGUUGAUCCGUUUGAUAUCAGGGGAAGGAUGAGUGGAAAUGUGGACCACGAGCAAUACUGGCUGCGACCAGAGGAAUAUCCUCCCGCGGCAGAUGCUGCCACAAAGCCGGAAAGCCAGACCGAGUUUGUUAGAGCCGUUUGAAACCCGUGUAGAUUUAGAUUUUUCAUUUGUUUUAUUCGUUCGCAUAUUAGCCAUGCUUAUACUUAGAAUACCAGGAG